AUGGCCCCCAAACCUGCUUCUACUGCUGGUAAAGCCCCGGCGUCGUCCGCCACUGCCUCGAAGGCGCCUGCAAAGUCAGAGGGAUCCAAAGCUGCCAAAAAGACAUCAAAGGCAGCCGCACCUGCAGACGGCGAGAAGAAGAAGCGACGCAAGGUCCGCAAGGAGACCUACUCCUCGUAUAUCUACAAGGUUCUGAAGCAAGUGCACCCGGAUACUGGUAUUUCAAACAAGGCUAUGGCCAUCCUGAACAGCUUCGUCAAUGAUAUCUUCGAACGUAUCGCCACCGAAGCAUCAAAACUUGCCGCAUAUUCCAAGAAAUCAACAAUCUCGUCUCGCGAGAUACAAACAUCCGUCCGACUGAUUCUCCCCGGUGAAUUGGCCAAGCACGCCAUCUCAGAAGGCACAAAAUCAGUGACCAAGUUCUCAUCAGCAGGCGCGAAAUGA